UGACCAUAGAUAAGAGAAUUAAGUAAAGCCAGUUAGUAUAAUAGUCAGCAUUCAGCUUAGAUACAACAGACUACUUGACACUUGUAUAUACAAGUAAGUUGUUGUCAUAGACAUUAGAUAUAUGGCGUAUUGUUCUAUAUGACUACGGUUGUUGAUAAUUAAGUUAGUAGUUUAGUACCACAAAAUAUCUACCGAGUAGCGGUUAAAAUUUACCGCCUGUGAUCGCAAGCGAAAUAAGACAAAACAAACUGCAAUGUCGUAAAACAAUUAAUAAAAUACAGUUAAGCUGUUAAAAAAUAUUUUUAAGUUCGUGAUAAUUCCAUAAUAUUAUAGUUCAUAGCGUAGACCUAACUAAAACUUGAAUAUUUAAGACUAAUAUUUAAUAAGUCUAUGGUUCUAAUUGGUUUAUAGUAAACAUGAUAAUAUGAUAUCAAGAGUUUCCCGUUAUCGUAAAAAAAUAAAUUAAUCAAUCCGAGAUUUGAGUGGACGAUAACGAAUACGAAUUAAGAAUACUGAGAUACCGAAUUUGCAGUUUGCAUUGCGCCGUCCUUACCAGCAAACGAUUAACGACUCUCUGAAGUCAAUGUUUGGAGUCUAGACUCUUGAGGUUUAGGUCUGGACCAAAAGCUAAAAUGUGAGGCAAUUUGAGGCAUGUUGGGCCGUAAACAGAGCAUCCGGGCGGAUAUAAUGGCUCCUGACUAUGUUCAGGAUGAAUCUCUAAACGAGAACGCUGAAAUCGAUUGGGUGAAUAAGCUUUGGGUCCGUCGGUUGAUGCGCUUUUGUGCGCUACUGAGUUUACUCUGCGUCAGUCUCAACACUCCAAAAACUUUUAAGGCUUUUCCGUUUCUACAGUAUGCGACGUUCAUCUGCGAUUUUGCCGUCACUGGUUUGUACACAGCCGAAAUGAUAGCAAAAAUGCACAUUCGUGGGAUAUUAAAGGGAGAAUCGCCGUACAUGAAAGACCACUGGUGUCAAUUCGAUGGCACGAUGGCAUUUUUCCUUUGGGUAUCUGUAAUUUUACAGAUUUUUGAAAUUGUGGAAUUUUUACCUGAAUUUAGUUACUUAUCAAUACUACGAGCACCGAGGCCUUUCAUAAUGAUCCGAUUUAUACGUGUCUUCCUAAAAUUCUCAAUGCCAAAAUCUAGGAUAAAUCAAAUUUUCAAGCGAUCAAGUCAACAAAUCUACAAUGUAACACUGUUCUUCCUGUUUUUUAUGUCUUUGUAUGGUGUACUCGGUGUUCAGCUUUUUGGUGAAAUGAAAAACCAUUGUGUUCUUAAUACAACAGAUCCAACGCGUGUAACUCUUAAUAAUUUAGCCAUACCAGACUCAUUCUGUUCUAAGGAACCAGGUGCUGGAUAUCAGUGUCCGGAAGGUAUGAAAUGUAUGAAAUUAGAGUUGUCAAGGUACAUAACUGGCUUCAGUGGAUUUGAUGAAUUCGCAACAAGUAUUUUCACUGUAUACCAAGCUGCAUCACAAGAGGGUUGGGUGUAUAUAAUGUUUCGUACAUUUGAUAGUCUUCCAGCCUGGAGAGCAAUUUUUUACUUUUCUACAUUAAUAUUUUUCUUAGCAUGGUUAGUUAAGAAUGUGUUUAUUGCUGUAAUAACAGAGACAUUUAAUGAAAUGCGUGUGCAAUUUCAACAAUUGUGGGGAAGUAGAAGACAUGUUGGAAACAAAACAUCCACCGAAAUUUUAGUUAGUGAUGAAAAUGGUUGGAGAUUAGUUACUCCUGAACAGAACAAACAUCGAACUUUAGCAUCACCAUUAGGACAUAAAAUUCUUAACUCUGCUUGGUUUCGAUUACUUGUUAUGUGCAUUAUACUAAGUAAUGGAAUUGCUAUGGCUACAAUGAAUUUUAAGCAUGAUGGACGGAAAAGAGAAGAAUUCUAUCAACAAUACUACUAUAUUGAAGUUGUAUAUACAAUAAUAUUUAACUUUGAAACAUUAUUUAAAAUGGUUUUACUCGGAUUUAAAGAAUAUUUCAAACAUUCAUACCAUAAGUUUGAACUAAUGCUAGCUGUUGGAACUACAUUACAUAUUUUUCCACAGUUUUAUUUAUCCGGAUUAACUUAUUUUCAGGUUUUAAGAAUUGUUCGAUUGAUCAAAGCUUCACCUAUGUUAGAAGAUUUUGUAUACAAGAUAUUUGGACCUGGAAAAAAACUGGGUAGUCUUAUUAUAUUUACCUUGUGUUUAUUAGUAAUUUCAUCUGGAAUUUCCAUGCAACUAUUUUGUUUUUUAUGCGAUUUUCCAAAGUUUGAAACCUUCCCAGAAGCCUUCAUGUCUAUGUUUCAAAUUCUUACUCAGGAAGCCUGGGUUGAUGUUAUGGAUGAAACAAUGUUAAGGACUCGUAAGACAUUAGUACCCUUAGUUGCUGUCUACUUUAUUCUUUAUCAUUUGUUUGUUACACUUAUUGUGUUAAGUCUCUUUGUAGCGGUGAUUUUGGAUAACCUUGAACUAGACGAAGAAUUAAAAAAAUUAAAACAAUUACGUUUUCGUGAACAAAGUGCUGAAAUCAAAGAAACACUGCCAUUUAGACUAAGAAUUUUUGAAAAAUUUCCUGACCGCCCUAAAAUGACGUCCAUACAUAAGCAACCAUCUGAUUUUAAUUUACCUAAAGUUCGUGAAAGUUUUAUGAGGCAGUUUGUUUUAGACAAAAGUGAUGAAGAAACUUCUACAGAUAGUAUAAAUAAAGCAAGUGAAGUAGUCAAACCUCCCUUGAUCACUCGUAAGCAACAUCCAAUGCGGUUAUUAUCCAAUCCACCGAAAGUGCGAAUAGUAACACCAGAAAUUCGUAAAUCAAUUAUAUCAAACAUAAUUAAUGAUUCUAAUAACCAGCGUUUGCUUUUGGGAGAUUCAACAUUUUUGCCUCCAAAUUCUGGUAAUAAAGGUGGUUUACAUGCUCAAGGCACUGUUAAUAAUAUGCAACAUACACGAAUGGAUCAUAAAAAAUCCAUGAGACAUAGUAUUCGUCGUGGAUCAAUGAAACUCAAACAGACAUAUGAACACCUCAUGGAAAAUGGAGAUAUUGGUGGCAUGAAUCGUUUAGCUACAGCUACACGAGCUAGGCCCCAUGAUCUUGAUAUCAAGUUAUUGCAAGCUAAACGACAGCAAGCAGAAAUGAGACGCAAUCAACGAGAGGAAGAUUUAUCAUCUAUGGUGUUAGUUAAUUAUGAGACACAGGUUGAAAAAGAAAAAAAUAGUAAUUUUAUAAAAUAUAUAGUUAAUUACAUUUCAAUUAUUUACAGUAACUUUUUGGGACUAGUAACUUACUUGGAUUGGUUAAUGAUAUUGGUGACCACAUUAAGUUGUAUAUCAAUGAUGUUUGAAACACCUUUGUAUCGUGUAAUGGAAACUCCAGCUUUGCAAAUAGCUGAAUAUGUAUUCGUUUGCUUCAUGAGUAUGGAAUUAGCAUUAAAAAUCUUGGCUGAUGGAGUUUUUUUUACACCUAAAGCAUAUAUGAAAGAUGUUGCUGCUAUAUUAGAUAUAUUUGUUUAUGUGACAAGUUUAGUAUUUUUAUGUUGGAUGCCAACCAAUGUAGCUACAAAUUCGUCAGCUCAUUUGCUAAUGAUUUGCCGAUGUGUUCGUCCACUACGUAUAUUCUCACUAGUCCCACACAUGAGAAAAGUAGUUGAUGAACUUUGUCGUGGAUUUAAAGAAAUUUUAUUGGUAUCUGUACUAUUGAUUGUGCUGAUGUUUGUAUUUGCCAGUUAUGGUGUUCAAAUUUUUGGUGGUCGUUUAGCUCGAUGUAAUGAUCCAACUAUUAAAGACCGUGCACUUUGUACUGGAGUUUUUAUGCGUCAAAUUUAUGUAACAAAAAUGAAAAUGCAACCGGGACCAAAUGAAACUUAUCCUGCCAUUUUGGUGCCAAGAGUUUGGGCGAACCCGAGGAGGUUCAAUUUCGAUAAUAUAGGCUACGCAAUGCUGACGCUGUUUGAAGUGUUAUCAUUCAAAGGCUGGCUGGAUGUUCGUGAUAUACUAAUCAGCGCUUUGGGACCAAUUCAUGCAAUAUACAUUCAUAUAUUUAUAUUCUUGGGAUGUAUGAUUGGACUCACUUUAUUUGUUGGUGUUGUAAUUGCUAACUAUUCUGAAAAUAAAGGAACUGCAUUACUUACUGUAGAUCAAAGACGAUGGUGUGACUUGAAGAAAAGACUGAAAAUUGCUCAACCUUUACAUUUACCUCCCAGACCAGAUCGUAGAAAGUUCCGAGCAUUUAUAUAUGAUAUUACGCAAAAAAUUCAUUUCAAGAGGUUUUUUGCAGUUAUCGUUUUAAUCAACAGUUGUUUGUUGUGUGUUUCGUGGAGGGCCGUAGACCAACAUACUGAACCUUUAUCACUGGUUAGUGCAUUUCUAACUUUAAUAUUUGUAGCAGAAGUAAUUAUGAAAAUGAUUGCAUUCACGGCUCGUGGUUAUUGGCAGUCACGUCGGAAUCGAUAUGAUCUUUUAGUCACUGUACUAGGAGUGAUUUGGAUAAUUACACAUUUUGUAUUCCAUAACGAAUUAUCUUUCUCAUUUGGCUAUAUAGUAGUCGUAUUACGCUUUUUUACAAUCACAGGCAAACACGCAACACUUAAAAUGCUCAUGUUGACUGUUGGAGUUUCUGUAUGUAAAAGCUUUUUCAUUAUAUUUGGUAUGUUUCUAUUGGUGUUUUCAUAUGCCUUGGCGGGAACUAUUUUAUUCGGUACUGUAAAGUAUGGUGAAGGAAUUGGCAGACUUGCAAAUUUUGGUUCUCCAGUUACUGGAGUAGCUAUGCUAUUUCGCAUUGUUACUGGAGAAGAUUGGAACAAAAUCAUGCAUGACUGUAUGAUAUUACCACCACAAUGUACACCCGCAAAUAAUUAUUGGCAAACAGACUGUGGAAACUAUGCAGCUGCUUUAAUUUAUUUCUGUUCGUUUUACGUGAUGAUCACAUACAUUGUACUUAACCUAUUAGUUGCAAUUAUAAUGGAAAAUUUCUCCCUAUUUUAUUCCAAUGAGGAGGAUGCUUUGCUUUCAUAUGCAGAUAUUAGGAAUUUCCAACACUCGUGGAACAUUGUUGACGACACACAAGCUGGCGUCAUUCAAGUAUACAAAGUGAAGUUUUUAUUACGCCUAUUGAAAGGUAGAUUAGAAACUGAUCCACAAAAAGGAAAAAUGUUAUUGAAACACAUGUGCUAUGAAUUAGAAAGGCUUCACAAUGGACAAGAAGUAACAUUUCAUGAUGUUUUGAAUAUGUUAUCGUAUCGCACGGUUGAUAUAACAAAAGCUUUACAACUUGAAGAGUUAGUUGCACGUGAAGAUUUCGAAGUAAAUAUUCAAGAAGAAGUUGCUAAACAAACCAUACGUAAUUGGCUUGAAGGGUGUUUACGGAAAAUGAGAGCAGCUAAUAGGCAACAAGGUAGUCUAUUAGCUGGCCUUCGUGCAACAAAUGAAAUGAUGCUUAGGGAUUUUGAAGAGAAACAAGCUGCCAACAAUGAAAAAGAAAAUGAAGAAAAAGAUUUAAAAUCUGAUACAAAUCGAACAAAGCUCAAAUCAACUUCAGGAAUUACACGUUCAGAUAGUGUUGGCAGUGGAUCUGGACGAAAAUUUUUGACACCAACCUUAUCAGAUCCUUCAGAUAAAGAAAAAAAUCGUAAAGCUUCAUACAGGAACUUAAAACCAUUAAAUAUGUCUAAUUUAAACGUGUCGACUUCUUCAAGGGAACAAAGAUCAAGUACUCCUAAAGUUAUAAAUGCAGUGAAAGAAAUACAUGAAUGGUGGUUAGAUCAAUUAGACCAUUAUUCAGAUAUAUCAUCUAGUGAUGAUGAUAAUUAUUAAUAGAUUAACAACUGUAAUUAGUUAACUUAUGUUUGUAUUUAUGAUGCCGGAUUCACAGCAUAAGCUUCUAUCAUUCACAUAUUCAAUAAUUGAAUAAUGUACUUGAACAGCCCGCAUGUUACUUGCGUCCUAUAAGCUUCUUUAUAAGAAUUUCUAAUAUUAUGGCAUGUGAAUUGCAUCCAUAUGCAAGGACACAACUUACUUCUGGUAAUAAUUAACAGGUAAUUUUCAUCUGAACAGUUUAUACGUAAGUUACCUACUAUUAUCAAUUUGGGAUGCAGGUAGUAUUACCGCAUAGACCGUUCAAGUUGUACGUAUGAUUAUGAUUAUUGAUCUUAUAAUAUUUUUUAUGUAUGUAUAGACUUACUAGUUUUAAAUAGAAAUAAAACAUACAACAUUUUU